ACUGUGAGGACUGAGGACUGAGGACUGUGAGGACUGAGGACUGUGAGGACUGUGAGGACUGUGAGGACUGUGAGGACUGUGAGGACACUGAGGACUGUGAGGACUGUGAGGACUGUGAGGACUGGAUGGAUGCUGGGCUGUAAACUGUAGAACCUGAGUGAAGGUGAAGAUGCAGCACACCUCGUGCACAGAGGACCGGAUCCAGCACGCUUUGGACCGGUGUCUGGACGGGCUGAGACAAAGUCCAACAGCAGCUCACCACUGGAACGUGCUGAUGUGCUCGGCCGGUCAGUCGAUGAACCGCUGGAGUCUGGAGGAGUUGGUGAAGAGAGACCCGGAGAACUUCCUGAUCCUGCUACAACAGAUCAUCAGGAAGACCAAAGAGGUUCAGGAGCAGUGUCAGUACGAGCUGGUCACUCCUCUCGCCAUCAUGUUCUCCUCCACGCUGCUUCAGACGCCGUACUGUCCUCCUGACGCCGAGCUGCUGGAGGAAGCUGUCCAGGUGUUUCGCCACUUCCUCACCUGGCCUGAACCGUACAGCAGCGUGUGCAGAAACCUGCUCUCCACACUACAGCUGGAGAUCAAGGCCCCAGGGAUCUCCUUCCAGAGGCUGGUGAGAGAAGAGCAGGGCCUGGUCACCUCCAGCCAGAGCUCCAAGACCAUGACGGUGCUGCUGAUGAACCCGAGCGAGGUGCCCGCUGACUUUCUCUCCGUGGCCGAGCAGCUCAGUUGCAUUCAGCACUCGCAGAAGGAGACCUACAUCACGCUGAUCAAGCACGCCUUCCAGUCCACACUAAGCACCAAGUACCCCCUCCACAGCAUCCACAGAGUCCUGCAGGCGAAAACUGUGAAUGAACUUGGGGAGAUCUUCUCUAACGUCAGCGACGUCUUAGAGGCGGCCGCCGCCAUGAGCGACCCCCUGAAGGGCCGCAGUCACGUGAUCCAGGAACUGGAGCGACUGAGGGCGACGAUGAGGAUCCCAGCAUCCAAUGGAAGGAAGUCUGAUGGAAUGCUGCAAACUCUCCCGCUGCCGACGGCCAAGUGUUACAUGUUUCACUGGGAGAAAGACAACUUUGAUGUUCUGAACACCCUUUUGGAGCACGACCCUGACGACCUCACUACUAACGGGCAGGCUGAGGACGAAGACCUGGAUGAUGACGAUGAUGAUGAUGAUGACGACGACAGGGAGGAGGUUGAUGGAGAAGAUGAGGAAGACGACAAAGAAGAUGAGGACUUGCCUUCAAUGUCUAUCAUGUCUAACGGCUGCAGCACCAACCAUCGUGCCUCCACCUUCUCCACCAUUUCCACCCUGUCCACCGCCUCCAAAGACUCCAUGUUCUCCACCUUGUCGGUGACCUCGGAGUCCUACGCUCCGUCCCUCUUCUCCGUCACCUCUGGAGUUGAUAGUGACUACUUUGAAGACUCUGACGACUACAUCUGCUCCUCGCCUGUCGCUGAGAAAUGUUCGCCAAAGUCUGUCAACAAGCGUCUCAGCCAGCACCUGUACCGUCUCUUCAUCAAGAGCCCUCGCUCACUGUCCCGGGCCAAAAGUUUAGGAAACACUGAAUCCAAAGACCUCUUAGUAGUGCGAGAGAAGCGCUCCAACUCUCUACCACAGCAAGUCAAGUUACGUAGUCACGAGCCGCUACUCCACCACCCGCAAAGUCAAACCCUGAGACACGUCUGCUUCCGGAGGAGGCCGAUUCUCAGCAGUGACGAGGACAGUAAGAACACAACGCUGAGGGUGGUGGUGUUUGGUGCUGAUCACGUGGCAGGGAAGGUGGCCCGGGCCUACAACAGCCUGAGGAGGAAGGAGAGUGCAUGUCCACGUCUCAGCCGGGCCUUCAAGCUCCAGUUCUACUUUGUGCCUGUGAAGAGAGACUCGGCCGGAGGACCGGGCAGCCUGAGGUCUCCUUGUUCUGUGGUUCACACUCUAAAAGGAGGAGCUCAGUCUGAUGAUCUUCAGCUCAUGGGCAAAGGGGACAGCACGAACGACAUCGCCCACCUCCUCGGGAUGUUGGAUCCUUGGUACGAAAGAAACACGCUCAGCCUGCUCAACCUGCCCGCCAACGUCGUCUGCCAGCAAACCUCAAAGACCGAGUCAGAGUCGUAUGACAGUUCAUAUGAGCAGCGUCUGCCCAUCCUGGCCGACCUGGUUCUGUACUACUGCCGCUACGCAGCCCGGCCGGCUCUGAUCCAGCUCUAUCAGGCUGAGUUGACGUUAGCUUGUGGAGAGAGGAGGACUGAGGUGUUCGUCCACUCACUGGAGCUGGGUCACACGGCGGGAACACGAGCCAUCAAGGCCAUGGGUGCUGCCAGUAAACGGUUUGGUAUUGACGGUGACCGGGAGGCGGUGCCUCUCAUGUUGGAGGUGGUGUACAACAGGGUGGUGAUCAGUGGGAGGAGUCAGUGGAAGAGAGAAUCCAAAGUCUGCACUUCAGUAAAUUUAACCAAAGCAUGCAAGAACCCGGAGGAACUCGACUCAAAGAUGGAGUGCCUGCAGCUGACGAUGACGGAGGUCCUGAAGAGGCAGAACGGUAAAAGCAAGAAGGGCUACAACCAGCAGCUCAGUGUGACUGAGGUGAAGGUGGACAAGGUCCAAGUUAGCGGCGCUGGAAACACGACGUUCGCCGUUUGUCUGGACCAAGACGAGAAGAAAAUACUGCAGAGUGUCACCAGAUGUGACAUCUCAGUGUGCUACAAACCCGACAGCUCCACCGACUGGAGGCUCAGGAAGUCCCGGACUUCAGCCCAGAUCCAGCCUCUGAACCCGACCUUCUGCUCCCUCCUCUGCCUGCCCAUAGUCACUUUCAGCGGGGCUCUUCCCUGAGAAGAACGGGGCGAGCGCUGGGCCCGGCUGGUUGGAGAAGGAAAGACUCUGUGAGCUUCAUGUUAAUGACACUGACUGACUGAACAAGAGGAGGGGCCACCUGUACCGGCCUGUGAUUGGUACAGGUGUCAAAUCAAUCAUUAACUGUCGUUGAGGAUGUUUCAGGUUUCAGUUCCUCUUCCAGCAGAGAAGUCGCCCACACGAACGCUCAAACACAACUCGGUCAAACAGGGUGAGUCUGCAGGUGAGGAGACACCUGCAGGGUCACGCUCAGCACUGUCUCUUACAAUGGACACUAUGGACACAACAUGUAAAUAUGACGUUUGUAAAGUAUUGUGUUGCAUUUACAACUUGAACCAGCAGGGGUCUCUGCUCACCUGUACCUGAGCUCGUGCAGCCAGAGAGAUGAUGUAAACUUUUGAUUUACCUGUCAGAGACUGCACUGUGAGGAGGUACUUUAAUCUCAUGGAAAUGUUUCUGUUUCUACAACUGUCACUGUCAGUCUUCAUUAAAAUAUCUGGGACUGGAAA